UGAAGUAGACUGUAGUUUAUAUACUGUGUGUUAUUUGUAGAGACGCGUGGCGAUAUCGAACUGGGUCACACGAGACCAGAUGUAAACAUUGAAAACUAGACCAUAACAAUGUCAUUUAACGUGAUUUAAGAAGACUGGACAUAUUUGUGAUUUCUGCUGAUUUUAAUUUGGAACAGCCAUUUUCCAAUCGUAUCUAGAUCUGUAUUCAUAGGGGGAAAACUGCAGGCAGGAUUUCCAAGGAUCUGUGACGUCAGUGUGUUGGCCAGGUUUGAGUACAGAAAAACACACACGGGGUAUCAACAUAGCGUCAACCUGGUCCAUAUAUUUGCUCUUUGACCAAAACGAUGCCGUGUACGUUCCGAUGAUUACAACAAUGGCACAUCAACCACGUAAAUAUGCUAAUGUAGCACCCAAACUACCUGGAAGAGAGCGAAAACCUUCAGCUUGUGAAUCUUGUAAAUGUACUAACUGUAAUGAUUACGAAUCCUGUAACAGUUGUUCUGUGGUAAACGAUGGUUACCUUAGAACAGUCCACGACGAAAAACCACCAGUUCCAUGUCGACAAAGGAGAUUCACAGACGAUUUUUCUCCAGAGGUAUGUUUUAGGGAAUCUAUGAUACAAGAGGAUACACCAAAACACGACACUAAACGAAUGAAGGAGCUUGAUAUUCAACUACCAUUGCCAAAUAUACCUAUUGAUUUUCAAAAGCCUGAGCCAUUUCAGCAUAAGGUCCGGAAACCUUCUGACACCCUUCCCAUUCCUAAUGCAACAGCAACACCCCAGCCCCCGCUACACACACAAAGGGCUGAUGUGGAACCCGAACAUGUCACAACGAACAAAGUGGAACAGGGUCGGCUGGCACAGGUGGAUAUAACAUUACCUAGAAGAAAAAGUGAGUCUAGAAAAAGAAGAACACGCCAACCUAGGAAAGUACAUGUAUGGAUGAAAUUUGGGACCAUCGUUUCUAUAGUUUUACUUAUCGGAUUGUCAUAUAUGAUCUUUAAAAGUAUUAGAGAUAUUUGCUUUGCACCGUAUCACUAUAAAAGCACUUCUUCUCGUCAUAAAUGGAAUUAUUCUGAACCAAACGAAUCUAGACUCGAUACAACUAUAUGUUUUUCAUGUGACAUAAUUGAUAAAUUUAAAGGAGAGCAGAGUAGAUUCGAUUUAUAUGGCUUCAAAUCUACCGGUAACAGACGGCAUUGCUGUUUGGACCAACUUGGACAUAUGAAAUGGCUCGUUAGUAUGAUGAAAACGAAUGAAAUUUUGCAAGAUGAAGUGAGGGACAAUUCUUCGACUACAGUAUGCCCAGUGAAGGCUACACUUGUGCCAAUCCAAAAUGGAAACAAGACCGAUUUAAAACUGAACAAUACGGCUUUGCAAACACACUGUAGAGGAGCUUCGAUAAAUGUGACAAAGGACGCCCUAGUGACCAGAAAGGACGGAUUGUAUAUUGUGUACAUGACUAUGUCAGUAAAACUAGCUUCAAGACAAACAGAAGGGAACGGACAACAUGGAAACAUUGCAUUGAAAGCAUAUCUUUUUUGCAGUAAAUCUAAAAGGGGAAAAUGUAUUGAAAUGGAGACAUUUAACAAAACCAUAACGUAUAGUGACCAAAAUUUUCAUGUGUUUAAUUUGUACACCGUGAAAAAAUUUACAAAUGGAGAACACUUUUACCCAGUGCUGUCCGAGCCGGGAUAUCUAUACACAACGACAAAGGGUAACUUUAUCGGUGUUGUGGAACUUUGAAUUUGAUAUGAGAGAGAGAGAGAGAGAGAGAGAGAGAGAGAGAGAGAGAGAGAGAGAGAGUUGCGUCAGUUAAAAAUAGGAUGAGUGUAAAGAGGAGCCUAUCUGUGUUCGAGAAUUACACAUACAAAAAAUAUAUGUUAAAGCAAUGUGAUAGGAAUAAUUUGUGCCAAUAUUGACAGUAACUUCAUAACCUUGACCAUAUGUACCUACUUGUGUAAAGGUUGCAUUUCAUAUUAAUUAAAAAAUCAUUACAUUUGUCAAUAUUUCACCUGAACAGUAAAAAUAACCCUUAAUUUAAUAUAUCGUCGUGGCGUUCAUCUGACGACGACAUUAUCAAUUAUACAUAACAAUUAAUGAACGUAUGCUAUUAUUUAUUUAAACAAUUACGUUUACUUACACAAUCUGCAUUAUCAUUAAAGCGAUCUUAAAUCACUAGUCAGUACUAGCCAUUUAUUUUUUCCGAAAUACUAUUUUGAAUGUCACAACAUACUUAUACAAGUCCUGCGACUGAUAUCCAAGGGAUGACUCGCUCUGCCUUGUUUAUAAACAAUGAUCACGACAAUUAUACCGCUUUAGUGACUUAUAAACAAAUAUUGUAAAUAAAAUAAAAUGUAUGUUUUAAAUGCAAAAUAAAAUAAUCUUUUUACAACUUU